AGCCGGCCAGCUGCAGGAAGCUUCAGAGCACAACCAGGCAGCGGAGGGGACAUACUCCGGCUAAGCGGCUGCCUGCUGCUUGCGGCCGAGUCUCCGCCCCGCCGCCCGUGCUGGUCUUCCGCCGCCUCGCCGCGCUCCGCAGGCGCCGGGGAGGGAAACGACUCGUCGGGGUCGGGAUUGCUGAGCGCCCCUGUGACUCUAGGGGCAGUGGGAUUUCCCGCUGGCAAGCUAAGCAAACCUCUCCGCAAAACACCCGGAACACCAUGAAUAUAUUCCGCUUCCUGGGAGACAUAUCUCAUCUAUUAGCUAUAAUCAUCUUGCUGCUGAAGAUAUGGAGGACGAGAUCAUGCGCUGGGAUUUCUGGGAAGAGCCAAGCUCUCUUUGCCAUUGUCUUCACCACUCGGUACUUAGACCUGUUUACCAACUACAUCUCCUUGUACAACACUUCCAUGAAGGUUGUUUAUAUCGCAUGUUCUUAUGCCACAGUGUGGAUGAUCUAUAGCAAAUUCAAAGCCACAUAUGAUGGCAACCAUGAUACUUUUCGUGUGGAGUUCUUGGUUGUUCCUACAGCGGUGCUGGCCUUCCUAGUGAAUCAUGAUUUCACUCCUCUAGAGAUUCUCUGGACUUUCUCCAUUUAUUUGGAGUCUGUGGCUAUCCUGCCACAACUCUUCAUGGUCAGUAAGACGGGGGAGGCAGAGACCAUCACAAGUCACUAUCUUUUUGCCUUGGGUGUCUACCGUGCUCUCUACCUAUUCAACUGGAUUUGGCGUUACCAGUUUGAGGGCUUCUUCGACCUCAUUGCCAUUGUGGCUGGCUUGGUGCAAACCAUACUCUACUGUGAUUUUUUCUACCUCUACAUUACAAAAGUUCUAAAAGGCAAGAAGUUGAGUUUGCCGGCAUAGUUCACACUGAGACCAUGACGAGAUCUUUUGGCCAAGGAGGAUGAGAGGAAUCCAUCACAGGAAGUUAAAGACAUGUAGAGUUUCUGAAUUUUGUUUUAAAACCAGCCAAGUUAGUCACCUGUUGGUCUCUUCUUGCAUCCUGAACUUUUACCCAAGGAGUGUGAUUUGGGACAAAGCAAUGGAUCGUUCUUCUGCUCAAGAGACUGAUAUAGAUGGGGGUGAGGUGUGGUAUGGCUUGAGUCUGUAGGUUUCUCAAAAUCCCUCUUUAUUUUCUUCCUCUCUUUCUGUCACUCUUCUCUCCUUAUUUUGAUGAAGCAGCACAGGUAGGAAAUGCUUUAAAAAAAAAAAAAAAACCCUGGACGUUUCCUUCCUUCCACUUUGCACUCAGGUUUUGAGUGUUGUGCCGAUAACUGCUAAGAAGAAUCUGAACUAUUCCUUUUGUGGGGGCCUAGUGCUGUGAGACGGUCUGAAUAAACAGAAGUGCUUACAAAUCUAGUCUGUUUCCUUUAGAUGAUUUUUUAAGAUUACUGGCAAGCAUCCUUUAAGUAUCCUGUCACUUACUCUUCCUCCAUUUUGUAUUUUAUUUGAUAGUUAAUUUAUCUUCCACUUUAAACAAAUAGAACCACCCCCCACCCCCAUUAAUUAGUGCCUUUUGCAGGAGGGAUGGAAAUUUAAAUAAAAAGAAAUCCUGUUUUGUU